CAUGUCAACAAUGACGUUUCCUGCUUAGAGAUUAAAUCAAACAUUCAACCUUUCUUUACAGUCCCUUUUUCUCUGGACCAAUUCUCAAUUUGCUUAUAUUGGUGCAGCCCUUGGAACAGGGCUAGAUCUAGAUCUACUGCUGCGCGAGGAAAUUCAAGAGUGUUCAGUUGCUCUUUUUGGGAGGUUAAUUUAAAAAGACGAACGUUUCAUGGAACAUCGUGUAUGAAUAGAUCAAAAACUCCAAUCUAAUGAAUUGUGCAGUAGAAUUUGAGUUAUUUAUUGUCAUGUGCAUUUUUCUUGUUCAAUGCACUUGUCAGUCGUGUCCAGCAUCGCCUGGUAGGACCGUUGUGCAGAAAGUUUUCUUUUCGUCUCAGGAAAAUCCCAAUAAAGCCUAUCACAUGAACAAGUGUCGGAAAUAUGGCGGGACGAUGGCGAAGAUCCAGACGCUUGAGGAUGAGAUGGGGGUCAAGAAAUUGCUGACCGGAGAAGAGAACUUGGAGCAGCUAGGCAUUGAUUAUGUCAUGAUAGGCGGGUUGGCAGACUCAAGGGCGAUGAAUAUAUUUCGUUGGGAGAAUGGGCCGCUUGUCGGUAAUUCCGAGCGCCCGAUUUGGAAAAAGCCAGAGCCUAACAGGAACCAUGAGAAUUGUCUGUCUGUUCCAACCAACUCGAACAUGUCCUACGCGGACUUUCCUUGCGGUUUUGAAAGUCAUGGGGUAUGUGAAGCUUUUCCGCAGUUGUCGAAAGAGCACUUGGCCUGUGAGGACACGCUCUGCAUAUGCCCCGGAAUGGAAAUGGCUUGCAAAUGCAGGGAUAGCUGCGUCAGGGCUUACGUUGCCGACAUCUGUGACUACUCCCCUUGUCGGUUCGACAGGUACGGCUCGUCCUGUGAGUUCCAGUGCCGGUGCAAGGACAAGCGUGCCUGUGAUAUGGUCAGCGGUAAGUGUCCGGCGGGCUGCCAGUACGGCUGGAAGGGCGAGUCUUGCAACCAGACGGCCUGUCCGCUGAACCGGUUCGGCGGUUUCUGCGAGGGCUUCUGUUACUGCAGGCAGGGCGAUCAGUGCAACAUCACCAACGGCGACUGCUACAACGGCUGCGAGGAAUACGCGUACGGGCCCAGCUGUGAGAACUCGGGCUGUAAAGUCGGGAAAUACGGGCCCCAAUGUACGAAAGACUGCUCUUACUGCGGCUCGAAGGUUCCAUGUUCCAGGGAUAAAGGCGUCUGCAGUACGAGAAAGUGUCCGGGAAAGUACAGGGGAGGGCCUUUUUGCAUGGACAUCUUCUGUCCUGUAGGGCUUUUUGGCAGCAACUGUACCCAGAAGUGUCGAUGUUCGAAACAGUCGCCGUGCGAUAUCAACACGGGCAAAUGUCUCUUUGAAGAAGUGCCUAAGGAGCUGCUACCCGAGAACGCUUGCCCGGAAGGCCUUUGGGGAAACAACUGCAACAUAACCUGCAUGGACAAAAGCUGCCAAGGCUGUCUCAAGACCAACGGCGGGUAUUGUAUGAAGUGCCGGGACGGCUACUAUCUGACAGCCACGAAGGACUGUGAAAUGAAUAAAAAAGAUUCCUUCGUCCUGAUGAUUCUGGUGGUCAUUCUGUGCCUGUUGCUUCUGAUCCUCUUGGCUCUGAUCCCUUUGCUCCUCAAACG